AUCACACUGCUGUAGUCCUUGACGGCGUCCCCACCUAUGAUGAAGUACAUGGGCGACUACCCGUCGAAACGGACACGAUCCGUCAACGAGCUCACCGACCAGAUAUUCGAGGGCGCGCUGAAGGCCGAGCCUCUGAAGGACGAGAUCUACAGCCAGAUCAUCAAGCAGCUCACCGACAACCACGUCAAGUACAGCGAGGAGAAGGGCUGGGAGCUGCUCUGGUUGUGUACUGGUCUGUUCCCUCCCAGUAACGUCCUGCUGCUUCACGUCCAGCGUUUCCUCCAGUCCAAGAAGCACCACCCGCUGGCUGGGGACUGCAUGCAGAGGCUGCACAAGGCCCUGCGGAGUGGAUCCAGGAAGUACCCUCCUCAUCUGGUGGAGGUGGAGGCCAUCCAACACAAGACCACCCAGAUCUUCCACAAAGUCUACUUCCCCGAUGACACAGACGAGGCGUUUGAGGUGGAGUCCAGCACCAAGGCUAAAGACUUCUGUCUGAACAUCUCCACCAGACUGCUGCUCAAGUCCUCAGAGGGCUUCAGUCUCUUCGUCAAGAUCUCUGAUAAGGUCAUCAGUGUACCAGAGGGAGAUUUCUUCUUUGACUUUGUGAGGCACCUGACCGACUGGAUCAAGAAGGCCCGGCCGGCUAAAGAAGGGAUCGUCCCCUCUCUGACCUACCAGGUGUUUUUUAUGAAGAAACUCUGGACCACAACGGUUCCAGGGAAGGACGCUUUUGCAGACUCCAUAUUUCACUACUACCAGGAGCUGCCUAAGUACCUCCGUGGGUACCACAAGUGUUCCCGGGAGGAGGUCUUCCAGCUAGGAGCCCUCAUCUACCGGGUCAAGUUUGAAGACGACAAGUCCCACUUCCCCGCCAUCCCAAAGAUGCUUCGGGAGAUCGUGCCCCAGGAUCUGAUCCGACAGAUGUCGCCCGACGACUGGAAACGGUCUGUAGUGUCGUACUUUAACAAGCAGUCGGGGAAAUCACGGGACGAGGCCAAACUCAUGUUCCUGAAGCUCAUCUACAAAUGGCCGACCUUUGGCUCCGCCUUCUUUGAGGUCAAGCAAACCACAGAGCCCAACUUCCCCGAGAUUCUGCUGAUCGCCAUCAACAAGCACGGGGUCAGCCUCAUCGACCCCAAGACCAAGGACAUCCUGACCACCCACCCCUUCACUAAGAUCUCCAACUGGAGCAGCGGGAACACCUACUUCCACAUCACCAUCGGCAACCUGGUCCGAGGGAGCAAGCUGCUCUGUGAGACCUCGCUGGGCUACAAGAUGGACGACCUGCUGACCUCCUACAUCAGCCAGAUGCUGACCACCAUGAGCAAGCAGCGCUCAGGGCGGAGUCACAACAAGUGAACGUCCUAUUGGCAGGAGGCCGCCAAGCUCAUCCGGCUCCUGCGUCCCAUUGGCCAGCCCUGCAGCUGGGGGCGGACCUUCGCCUUCAAGCUGUGGCGGAUGAGCCGCAGUCCCUCGCCUAGCUCGGUGGGGUCAAAGUUCACCGUGGAGAGUUCGGCGGCGAGCAGCGACCCCGGUGAGGGCCCGAGCCAGGGCCCCAGCAGCGGUUACUACAACUUCUAUGAGGACGAGCCCUCAAGCGAGGACGACUACCUCUAGAAGAGUCGCCCCACUCCCCGUCAUUCAUGCCCUACUUGGGGUCUGGUUCAGGAUUUGGUUCAGGAUCAGAUACAGAGCCACACCGCCCAGCAAGAGAACCGACCUAGGCACCUGAUCAAUUACCUGAUCCAUAUUCUGGAACACACACUGGAUGUAUUUUAAAUUGUAUGAGGACGAGCUUUGUCCUCUGUCUGAUGGGGAAUAGAUCCUAGGAAGGUGAAAUAUAGUUCUCAAAGCAGCAAACUACUUCUGCUUCUAACAAACUCAGUUCCGUUUUCAGUUUACUUUUGUUGAGCACUGUUGUCAAGGAAGUUGUCUUCAAAGAAGGUUUUUAUACCAGCCCAUUUAUUCAUAUAGUUCAGUUAAAAAGAUGUCAAUGACCAAUCCACAAUCUGACGUGUACUAGCCUUUUAAAAUAGUCAACUUAAUACUCCCAUCCUCUAGCUUGGAGACAUUUCGGGGCAAUACUAUUAAUUUAAGGAUUUAAUGAAUAAGUCUAGCAAUGUCCAAGCACUACUAAAAUCUUUAAUAUAUUGAAUUGAUAGAUUUAAUGCCCAUCUCGUGAUUUCCUUUUUUUUUUUUUUCUUCUUUCGUUUUACUGUCUCUAUAUGUACUGCCUUAAUUAGUUUGUUUUCUACUUCAAAACAAUGUCCCAGCAUUCUUUAUGUGAGCCUAAACAGCUUUUUGUACAGUCUUUGUCAAUCAUAUGUUGUUACAGUGAGGUGUCUUAAUAAAUUCAUUUGUCCAUGA